AUAACAAGAAAAAAUUAAAACCGUUAACAAACACAAUAUAACAAGAAAAAAUUAAAACCGUUAACAAACACAAUCAAGAAUCAUGGCUUACAAGACAUUCACGAAAGUUUAACAGUAGCGGAAGAUAGACUAGACACUUGGAAGAGUGGAGACAAUUCAUCCAGGAUAGAUUUUAUUUUCGCAAGCGAAGGCUUUCAAGAAAGUAUUAUAAGUCAUGAGAUACUAGAAAUAGAAGACUUCGACACAGAUCACAAAGCACUAACAGUUAAAAUAGAAAUUAAAGAAAAAUUAGGAAUAAACAAACCCGGAUUUAUGAAAGAAAUAAAAAAGGAAAUAAGACACAUAAAAUUAGAACAAGAAGAUUGGAAAGAAAUAGCAGAAGAAGUAGAAACAAGAUUAGAAACGUUAGACCAGAAUACAACACAACAUUUAAAUCGAGAAAUGAUAUGGAAAAUGAUAGUAGAUAUAUACGACGAAGAAAAUAAUAGACAACUAAUUAAAAUCAGAAAAAGAAAAGAAGAUUCAAAAAAAGAUAGAGACGAAAGUUUAAUGAAAACAAACGAAGAAAGAUUAGAGGAAUUAAUCACAGAAUACGAAAACUUAGAAAAAAUUGAUACUAUAGAACAUGUAAUCAGUAAGAUAACAGAUAAAGUUAUAAAGAAAUUAUGGCAAGAUAGAAAAGCCUUUCAAUACAAAUAUAAUUUCAAAGAAUUUGAAGAAACAAUAAUAAUAGAGCAAUGGGGAACAACGGACACAGGUAAACACAACGCGGUAAAACUAGGAAAAUUAAUCAACAUACAUGAUAGACUCGAAAAAAACAUUGAAUACGGAAUCACGAUAGAUAAACUAAGAAAAUAUAGAAACCGCAAAGAUUUAAAAGAAAGAAGAACAAAAAGAGCAGAAAUUAUGAGAAGCCUAUAUGUGGAAAUUAAUAGCCUGAAUAUAGAAAUAAACAUAAGAAAACGCGAAACGUACCUAGAAGAAGACAUAGGAAAAAUGUUAAAUAGAAUUUUAGAAAAAAAGAGAGAGAAAAUUAAUAUGACAGGAUUAGUAAUAAAAGAGAAUGGAAGAAUCACGAUAGAAAAAGACAAAAAAAAGAUAAAUGAUAAAGUAUUAAAACAUAACAAAGAUUGGACAAAGAAAAGAGAAAUAGACCUAGAUGAACUAGAAUAUGAUCC